UAGAAAUGCUAGAAUACUCGAGUUUCGUAUGAAGCAAAGUGCAUUUUGAAAUUAAUCAACAUUUUGCAGGUGUAACAAGGUAGUAUUAUAAAAACUUAUCGAAUUCACCUUAGCCGAAGGAGCCCCGCGUCUUCUCAUCAAAGAUAAAGUCGAAUAAUACAGCAUUUAAAAUAGCUAGCAGGUCAAGAAGAUACCGGAUAUUACCGCUAGAGUGUCAGUAAACCUACCUCUACCUACCUACAAAGAGGAAUAAUACAUGGUACACGAAUAAAAAUUUUAUCGAAUAUCUCCAUAUUUAUCGUCCCAGGAUGAAAUGAACCGCAGAGCGAUCAAUUAAACCGCCUUGUCAAAAUGUCUGAUCAACCAGACCCAGCGCCUGUGGACGCCUCCGACAACGACAAAACCGCCGCCGCCGGCAGCAACAUCGACUGUGACAGUGCUCCCGCGCCAUUACCCCCAAACGACACCCCCAACGAACCGGAAAAGGACCACACGAACCAUCAAGAAGCCACUGAUAGUGACAAAUGCGACGACAACGGCGAUCAAACAUCAAAUAAGUCGAGGGAACUCAAAUCGCUACUGGCCUCGUCCAAGGAAGCCAAUCUAAACACCAACAUAUCGCAUAAGCGCAAGAAAGAGCAGCUUCCCAAGCACCAGGCCGACGGCGAGCCGAGGAGGCCCGGUAAGCUGGCCGUCGAAGGUAAAAACUACAAGUUCCCCGUGACCGCGGAGGCCGAGCUGGGCGAUUCGAGCGAGUACCCGGGUAAGGCCCACGGCGAGUCGUUGACGCUCGGCAAGCGAAAAAGAGACAGCAUUAGUGAGAAUUCCAGUAACACGACGGAUACGGAAGAUUGCAAUAGGAGGAACAAAAAACUCACGCUCGGUGAUUUCGUGUCGUUUAAGCCGAACAAAGACAUUUUCUGUUGGCGUUGUCAUCGCGAAGGCGUGAAUAUCGUGUGCGAAACCUGUCCCCGAUCGUACCAUCAGAAAUGCUUGAAGCAAACGAUAACGGACACCUCGCAUUGGCCUUGUCCCGAGUGCGUGGCCAUUUUGAAAGCCGAAAGUACCCAAACGAGGUCCACCGCUAUGAAAGAAAUGACGUUAGAGCAUCUGUGUAGCUUACUGAAGUUUGCCGCUAAUCGUAUGAUCCAAUGUCAUGGGAGCGAACCUUUCUUGCAUCCCGUCAGCGAUAAGGAAUUUCCCGAAUACAAGAAAUACAUUAUCCAGCCGAUGGAUUUGACGAUGCUCGAGAAAAAUAUUAAGGACAAUCUGUAUGGUAGUACUCAAGCGUUCGAAGCCGACGCGAAAUGGUUGUUACACAAUAGUAUAAUAUUUAAUUCUUAUCGAUCGAAAUUAACGUCUGCAGCGAAAACGAUGAUUAAGAUAUGCAAGCAGGAAAUGAUGGAAAUCGAAAAUUGUCCCAGUUGUUAUUUGAAAGCGAACACUAAAAAGUCUACGUGGUUUGUGCAAGUUUGUCCAAAACCCCACAUUUUGGUGUGGGCUAAACUUAAAGGAUUCCCUUACUGGCCCGCCAAGGCGAUGUCCAUAAGUCCCAACGGCAUGGUCGAUGUGAGGUUCUUCGGGGCCCACGACAGGGCCUGGGUCCACUACAAGGACUGUUAUUUGUAUUCGAAAAAAGACCCGAACACCUUCAAGCAAAAGCGCUACGACAUCGAAAAAUGCGUAGAGGAACUGGACAUUUACAUCGACAACCUGAAAAAGGAGUACGGCGAGUUCCGCUACGCCCCGUUUCGAACGCCCCUCAGUUCGGAGAACAUGCACCAGCAACUCGUCAUAUUCCUGCCCAACUACAAGGCGGUGCAGGCGCGUCGGCGGUCGUUUCGCGAAUCGAUCGACGCCAAAUCGGAGGAGAGCGACAUCGAAACCGUUUCCAAGGACGAGGACAAAUCGGAUUCGGAGGAGUCGAGAUCGAACACGAACAGCCCCAUACGGGACAACGAUACCACGAUGGAGGGCUACGGGACGGACGACGACGUAUCGUCGGAUUUGGAUCACGAUAGCAGGAAAUCGCAGCAGGAGAAGAAGCGUUCGAAGUUCAGGAAAACCGAAGACGACGAUGAUGUCGAUAACGAGAACGAAGACGACGAUGAUACGCAAGUGGCUUCGAAUAUAUCUGUGGAGAAAGCUUUGAUUAGAGGCAAUGUAAGGACGAGAGGGGGCUUCAACAAUGCUACAGGUAAAAUAAGAGUUCUUCAAAUGAAGGCGCUUUUAGACGACACAUCGUCGCCCAAUGAGAAGCAACGGGCUCGCAGAAACAGCGAUUUAAGCGUCAAAAGCGAUUCCAGUCGCGUGUCGAAUUACUCGGAUAAAAUCAGCCGGAUUAACAUAGUGGAAAACGUGGAAAUAACGCUCGGUAACGAAGACGUGGGCUGCUUGAUAUCCGAGACGUUGAACGGCGACAAUCCGAAAUCGGAAGGCGAUAUCAAGAUAAAGCCGGUGCAGGUGGAAGUCGAAAAUGCCGAGUUUUCGAUAUCGCCCAAUCGAGUGAAAAUCGCCGAUCAAUUGAUAAAGAAACUGCGAGACGAGAACGCGGAAAAAGUAACAAAAUCUCUGAUGGACGUCGAUAACGAAGAGGUUUCUCAAAUCAACGGUAAAACCGAUGAUGACGAUGAACCGAAAGAAAAUUUUAAGCAAAAAUUAAAAAACGCCUACUUGACAAUCUUACCGGAACUUCCCUCUCUACCGACAGAAUCUCAAGCUUCGACUAGCGUUGAUGAGAAUUGCGUUUCGGAGGAGGAAUCGCCUUCCGAUCUACACCGAAAGGAAGAGAUUAACAGCAAAAAUCCAGUAGACGAUAUUAAAAACGACGAGGCAAGUUCUGAUACAUCAAUCCACGAAUCUUCCGAAGAAUCGUUGCCGAACGAGCCGGUGACUUCAUCGAGCAAAGAGGACGAAUCUCCUAAACCUAAACCCGUUCAAUUAAUCGAGCUGUCGUUCGAUGAAAACAACACAUCGAUACCCGAAAGUAUUUCGGAGAAAAUUAGAAAUUUGGAAAGCGGCGAACUCAGCAUUUCCAGGACUAAAUCUGUAAGAAGCGCCGUGGAGAAGCCGAGAGUGAUUCAAUCGAAAGAGACGAAUUUGAAAUCCUCGAAGGAUGCCGAAGAUUGCGAAGAAGAGUCUCACGAGCACGACGCGAGCGAUAAAGAUGCUAAUAAAAAGAAAGAAGAAUCGAGCGAAGGGAAGAGGGCGUUGGAAACGAAAAGGAAAAGAUCUACUGAUGGAACUCUACCGGAUAAAAUCAAGAAACUUGAGAGUUCCGAACUCAGCAUCUCCACUGUUACCACAAAAACAGUUUCCGAAAAAGAUAAUAGUAUAAAAGAAAACAGCAAUAAACAUAACAAGAAUGAAAAGGAUCGUACAGUAAAUAUAUUCGAGGAUUUAGAUGACGAUGAAGAAACCGGCAUAGUCGAUAACGUAGCUCUCGACAAAGGCAGCAUAAUAGACGUUAUUCAUUCGUCUCUUAAAUACCCCGAAAAAGAUAAAGAAACUAAUAAUAAAGACAAAAACGAAGGAAACGCUUCGAAGAAGCGAAAGUUAUUAUCAGAUAAAUUAAACAGUCCGGCGAAGCUCGUGAAAUUAGUCUCGAUCGAAAGUAUAUUGGGCAACAAAGACAACGAUAAAGACCAUUCCGAAGCCAUGAUAGCGCCCGAAAAUAUAAAAAGCGAACCGGAAAGCGAAGAGGAAAACGCCAACGACGAAGCUCAAAUGGAGGAGAAAAGGAAAUACCUUUUCGCCUUGAAUAUACACGAAAAAAGUUUGGUAUCGGAGAAGAAGGAGAAAGAAACGAAUCAAAUUAGAACGAGGUCGAAGGCCGAAGAACAAAGGGAAAAGUCGAAAGUCGACAAUCUCAGUCGCGUUAUCGACGAAGUGGCGAUGAACUGCUCGUCAGAAGCUCCCCAGAAGAAAUUGGAGCGGAGAAAGAGCCGAUCCGGCCCGCCCGAAGGCGAAAUCUACGUGAAAUCCUUCGCCAAAAUCCCGACGCCGCCGCCGCCGCCGCCUCACGCCAAGCAACGCGCCCGAAAGAGCUUCCCCACGCCGCUCUACGUCAAGCAGCCGCUCAAACCCCAGCUGGCCAAAAAAGAUCUGUCCGCUUUCAGAAAGGACGCGGCGACGCCGCGGAACUUGGCGCCCGCCCCCGAGAAAGACGUCGGCGCGACGCCCAACGGCGGCGCCAAGGCGUUCCCGUCGCCGCCGCCUCUCGUCGCGACCGGUAGCGUUCAAACCGGCGCCGAGAAAGGCGCCCAACCGUCGACGUUUACGGCGGUCAGAGCCGUCGGUUUGGGGCCCGCUGCGACCGGGGGGCUCCAGCAAUCGGUCGCCUUGGGGCACGUUAUUCUCAUGUCGGCGCCCACCGUCAACUACGGCUCUACUUUGAACAGCUCCGCUUUGAACGUGGUAUCUCAUCAAAAUUCAUCAUUAACCACAACCACCGCCACUUUGAUUCCUCAAACACAAAAGUCCGUUCUCAAAGCUAAUGCGUUGAAUAAAACUCUCAAUGUAAAAACGUCUCAAAAUUAUAUACCACACGAGGAUGCGGAAAAUUCGGGAAGCUCGUCGCCUUCGGUCAUUAUUAACUCCAACAGUCAAAAUUCGAACGAGCCAUCGAAUAAACAGAAAUCUCAAGAACCCUCCGUAACGUCCACGAACAGCAACAUCGACUCCACCGGUGCUACUUCGAAACCCACCAACAACAGUAUUAACAACACGAACAACAACAACAACAACUCGACGCAGCCGGUCAUCGAGCAAGAGGACGAAUUCUCCAUUCUCAACGGGCUGAUACCGGAGAGCGUCAGCCGCGCCGUCAGCGAACUUCUGCUGCGACCGCCUCCUCGACUGAGGCCUCGACCGCCGGGCAUCGUCAGCCAAUCGUUCGAGGAAACCGUGCCGAGCAGCGCCGGCGACGUCACCGCUAAAGUCAACUCCAUAGCUCACAGGAUGACCGAUUAUUUCCGAGGCAUGCUGAUUGAAACGUUGGAGGAUAUCGGCAAAACGCCGAGUCCCGAAGCUAAGAUUACGUCGCUUCAAUUGGAAAUCGAAGCGUUGAAGCACCGGCACAAUUUGGAGAUGACGGAGAUGCGGAAGAACAUGUGUACGAUCCUCAAAGACAUUCAAAGGAGCAUCGUGGAGGAGAAGGAGAAGAUUGUGGAGGAGACGAGGGCGGCCUGCGAGGUGGAGACCAUAAAACGGGUGGAAUCGGCGAAAUUGAAGCAAUGGUGCGCCAGUUGUUCGAAAGAAGCCCAAUUCUACUGUUGUUGGAAUACGAGCUACUGCGACUAUCCCUGCCAACAGAAACAUUGGCCCAAUCACGCGGGGAAAUGCACUCAGAACAUUGAAAAAGGCGCCGCCGGAUCGGGCGCUGUGCCUCUACUACCGCCUUGUACCAUAGGACAACCCAUACUCCUGAGACCGGCCCUGGCCAGGCCUAAACCGAUGGGGAUGGAUGUGUGUCGACGGUGGGACGAUAAAACGAUCAGAAAAAACGAAUUGUGUGACGCGCGCGUGCAAAAAUGUAAUAGAAUGAGGGAGGAAGAAGCCGGACAGUUCAGCAUAGACCAGCCUGGAAGUGAGGAACAACUGCGGGAUAUUAAGUUAGAACGUAAGAGAAAACUGGCGAGGGAGUGCUCUAGAAGAUACCGUGAUAAAAAACGACUUUGUGCUAAAAAUAAUACAUCUAAAUAAAUAAGUUUAAAUGAUUUAUUGUUAGUAUUAAUUCGUACCGCAUUCCUAGUUGGUUGUCCUAGCGUGGAGAAUUGGCAUAGCUCGAGGAGAUAAACAUUUUAUUUUAUAAAAUUACCCCCAUUUAAGUAAUUGUGUUGCUAGUAAAACAAUAA